AUGCCCAUUGCAACAAAGCUUCACGUUCGUUCUAAACCGCGAGCUAUUCUGAAACCAGGCGGAAACAUAGUUCCGGUUCAUGAAGAAACAACUAGACAUAACAAGAAGAAAACACAGCAGGGUCCAAGAAAACAGGUGGCGGAAAUUUCUGAGUCACUUGUUGUUGUCGGAAGUAACGUGUGUUUGGAUUUGGACAGCACAUGUUCCUCGGAUUCCUCUUCUGUCAAAAAGGUCAACUCUGCGAAUGGAAAUGGAAAUUCAAAGAUGAAGCGCAACGGGUUUAAGCUGCCGGUGAGGGAUGCUGCCCACGUGUCUCUGCCUUAUAAGGGUGAGCCACCGUCCAAGACAUGCGAUUGGAUCACACCCAAUUCAGACCCUGUUUAUACUUCUUUCCAUGACGAAGAAUGGGGUGUUCCAGUUAUUGAUGAUGAUACAAAGCUAUUUGAGCUUCUAGUAUUUUCACAAGCAUUAGCAGAACACACUUGGCCAACCAUUCUUAACCACAGAAACAUUUUCAGGAAAUUUUUCGAAAAUUUUGAUCCAUCUUCAAUUGCACAGUUUAAUGAGAAGAAGUUGCUAACACCAAAAAUAAAUGGCAACAACCCUUUGUUAUCCGAACAAAAGGUUCGCGCCAUUGUGGAAAACGCUAAACAAUUACUUAAGGUUCAACAUGAGUUUGGUUCAUUCAGCCAUUACUGUUGGAAAUUCGUUAACAACAAACCGAUAAAAAAUGAAUUCCGAUAUGGACGACAAAUAUCAGUGAAAACUCCGAAAUCAGAACUCAUUAGCAAGGAUUUGAUGAGAAGAGGUUUCCAAUGUGUUGGACCAAAAGUAGUUUAUUCAUUCAUGCAAGUAUCAGGGCUAGUUAAUAACCAUUUAUUAACAUGCUUCAGGUACCAACAAUGCAACGUGACAAUGAAAAAUGAAAUUAAAACUGAAUAG